GCUACUUCUCCUGACCCUCCUGUCCUCACCAUGGGGGGUUCUGCUCUCUACCUGGUGGCCAUGUUUGCUUUCUACUUCCCGGCUGUUUCUCACAGCCAACUCUACUCCCUGAUCACACCCAAUGUCCUGCGGGUGGAGACUGAAGAGAAGGUCGUGGUGGAAGCCCAUGGCCUCAAUGCCCCAAUUGUGGUUACAGUCACCGUGCAUGACUUCCCGUUUAAGAAAAAUAUCUUAUACCAGGUCCAAACUGACCUCAACCCUGCGAAUGGGAUGAUGGGCACAGCUGUAAUAAAGGUUCCCACCAAAAACAUAACAAAAGAUUCCAAACAAAACCAGUAUGUGGUGGUCCAGGCUAAGUUCCCUCAGCAAACCAUGGAGAAAGUGGUUCUGGUCCAUUUCCACAGUGGAUACAUCUUUGUCCAGACAGAUAAAACCAUCUAUACACCCGGGUCUACAGUCUUCUACCGGAUCUUCACCGUGGGUCACAGACUGGAACCGGUGUCUAAGAGAGUGAUUGUGGAGUUUGAGACCCCUGAGUCCAUUAUUGUCAAGCAGAUUCCCAUCUCCGCCCCCUUGAUAUCAGGCAUCUUCUCCCUGAGCCACAAUUUACCGGAGAUUAUCAGUCUGGGAACCUGGAAGAUCACGGCCAGGUAUGAAGACUCCCCUCAGCAGACCUUCAGUGCGCAAUUUGAUGUUAAGGAGUAUGUGUUGCCGAGUUUUGAAGUCAUAUUGGAACCAUCUGAGAAGUUUUUAUACAUCGAUAGCAAUGAAGACUUCAGGGUUUCUAUCACUGCGAGGUAUCUAUAUGGGAAAAAACUAGAUGGCCAUGCCUUUGUCCUCUUUGGGGUGAAGAUAGAUGAUGAGAAGAGUAGUAUCCCACAGUCUCUCAUGAGAAUCUCGAUAGAAGACGGAGACGGGGAAGCAACGCUGACCAGAGUGAUGCUGCAGGCUCGGUUCGUCAACCUGUAUGAACUGGUUGGCCACUCGCUCUACGUCUCUGUCACCGUUUUGACAGAAUCUGGCAGCGACAUGGUGGAAGCAGAGAAAACCGGAAUUAACAUUGUGACAUCUCCCUAUCAGAUCCACUUCACAAAAACCCCCAAGUACUUCAAGCCGGGGAUGCCAUUUGAACUCAUGGUCUACAUCACAAACCCCGAUGGCUCUCCAGCUCCCCAUGUCCCAGUACAGGCCGAAGGAUUCCAGUCGGCUGGGUCGACCCAGGGAGCUGGAACUGCCAAGCUGAUUAUAAACAUGCCAGGGGAUAGGCAACAGGUUCCCAUCACGAUAAAAACUGCCCAUCCCAACCUCCCAGCAAACCGCCAGGCCUCUAAGUCCAUGGUGGCUGAAGCCUAUCAGUCCCAAGGAGGGUCUCAAAACUAUCUCCGUCUGGCAGUGACAGCUUCUGAGGUCAAACCUGGACACAACUUACCUGUGAAUUUCCACCUGACAUGCAACAAUCCAGCUGUUCUGAACCAGAUCAAGUAUUUCACCUACAUAAUCCUGAAUAAAGGGAAGAUCAUUCGUGUAGGGAGACAGGUGAGGCAGGUGGGACAAAAUCUGGUGACCAUGUCCUUGCCCAUCACUCCAGACCUCAUCCCUUCAUUCCGCAUCGUGGCUUACUACCAAGUAGGAUAUUCGGAGAUUGUAGCAGACUCGGUCUGGCUGGACAUCCAGGACACUUGCAUGGGAACGCUAGUGGUGAAAGGAGCCUCCAACGAAGACAGGAGAAUCCAUGAGCCUGGAACUCCAAUGAAACUCAAGCUGGAAGGAGACCACAGAGCUUAUGUCGGCCUAGUGGCUGUGGACAAAGGUGUCUACGUUCUGAACAAAAAGCACAAAAUUACACAAUCUAAGAUCUGGGACUCAGUGGAGAAGAGUGACAUUGGCUGUACGGCUGGCAGUGGAAAGAACAAUCUGGGGGUAUUUACAGAUGCUGGACUGGCCCUGGAGACGAGCAAUAGGAUUUCCACAGCCAUAAGAACAGAUCCAGAGUGUCCCCAGCCAGCAAAACGCCGGCGCCGCUCCAUUCAGCUCAUUGAAUAUAAGGCAAACAAAGCGGCAGAUUACCAGGAUCGGAAGUUGAAGAAAUGCUGUGAAGACGGGAUGCACGAGAACCCCAUGGGGCACAGCUGCGAGAAGCGGGUUGGGUACAUCCUGGAUACGGAUGAAUGCAAGAAGACCUUCCUCGACUGCUGCAACUAUAUCAAGACUAUACAGGACAAGCUGCAGCUGGAGCUCCACCUGCAACUUGCAAGAAGUGACCUGGAUGAAGAUUUCAUGUCUGAUGAAGAUAUUACCUCAAGGAGCCAGUUUCCAGAGAGCUGGCUGUGGCAAGUGGACCAACUGACUGAGCGACCAAAUGAACUGGGAAUUUCUUCCAAGACAGUGCCCAUUUUCCUGAAGGAUUCCGUCACCACCUGGGAAGUCCUAGCUGUGAGCCUUUCAGAGCCCAAAGGGAUCUGUGUGGCUGACCCCUAUGAGAUAAAAGUAAUGAAACAUUUUUUCAUUGACCUCCGUCUGCCCUACUUUGUAGUGAGGAAUGAGCAGGUGGAAAUCCGGGCUAUUCUCUACAACUAUCAGGACCAAACAAUUAAGGUCCGGCUGGAGCUGCUGCACAACCCAGUUUUCUGCAGCGCAUCCACUUCCAAGGCUAAAUACCAGCAGAUCCUUGACAUCAAAGCCAAGUCCUCCCUGGCCGUGCCAUUAGUGAUUGUCCCAUUGCAGCUGGGAUCUCACGACAUUGAGGUCAAGGCAGCGGUGUGGGGCAGUUUUGUGGCUGAUGGCGUGAAGAAGAAACUGAAGGUUGUGGUAGAGGGAAUGAACAGAACAAAGAGGUCUGUCUCUCUGUCCCCACCAGCACCUGCUCUCCCUGCUUGAAUUCACACCACAUUUCCUUGGCCAGGAAACCCGGUGACAAUGAUUGUCGAAAACUCCAUCGACGGGGCCAAUCUAAAGCACCUCAUUGUGACGCCGUCUGGCUCUGGGGAACAGAACAUGAUCGGCAUGACUGCCCCUGUCAUUGCCACCAUUUACAUGGACAGCACCAAGCAGUGGAAAAGGAUUGGGGUGGAACGCAGGGCGGAAGCCAUCAAGUUGAUCAUGCAAGGUUACACGCAGCAGAUGGUUUACAAAAAACCCGACUUCUCAUACGCCGCUUUCAAAGACCGGCCAGCAAGCACUUGGCUGACGGCGUAUGUGGCGAAGGUCUUUGCCCUGGCUAAGAAACUGGUGCUCAUUGAAAACCAAGUUAUCUGUGGGGCGGUGAAAUGGCUGAUCCUGGAAAAGCAGAAAAUGGAUGGGGGCUUCCAAGAAGAUGCACCCGUAAUCCAUGAAGAGAUGGUUGGAGGGUACAAGGGGGCUGAGCCUGAUGUCUCUUUAACAGCUUUUGUGCUGAUUGCAUUGGAAGAGGCCAAGGACAUCUGCAAGGAUCAAGUCAACAGUUUCGAAAGCAGCAUCUCCAAAGCCACUGACUACUUAGCCCAAAGGUACCAGUCUCUAACCAGACCAUACACUGUGGCUCUUGCAUCCUAUGCCUUAGCAAAGGUGGGGAAACUGAACACCGAGAAGGAGCUCAUGAAAGCUGCGACAGAGGGAAAUCGCUGGGAAGAGCCGAACGCCCGCACUUUCACCAUUGAGGGCACCUCGUACGCCUUGCUGGCCUUGCUGAAAAUGAAGAAGUAUGAGUUGACUGGUCCCAUAGUCAGAUGGCUGAGAGAGCAGAACUACUAUGGAGGAGGAUAUGGAUCUACCCAAGCCACCAUCAUGGUGUUCCAGGCUCUUGCGCAGUACCAGAUAGACAUUCCGCAGCACAAAGACAUGAAUUUGAAUGUUACUAUUCUCCUGCCACACCGUGCUAGUCCAAUAAAGUACAACAUCUUAAAUCACAAUGCUCUGGUGGUCCGAACAGCAGAGACCAAAUGGAAUGAGGAGAUCACUGUGAAGGCAGAAGGAACUGGACAAGCAACAGUAACAGUAACGAUAAUUUAUAACGCAAACCUAAAGGAAGAUGAAUCUCAGUGUAAGAAGUUUGACCUGAGGGUAUUGGUUGAAGAAGCCCGGGGUGUUAAGAAGCCGGAAGGAGCAAUGCGUUCAGUCUAUAUUAAAAUCUGCAUCAGGUUCCUCGGUGUGGUUGAUGCCACAAUGUCCAUCAUCGAUGUCUCCAUGCUCACUGGCUUCUCACCGGACGUGGAAGAUCUUAAGAGACUUUCCCAAGGGGUCGACAGAUACAUUUCCAAGUUUGAAAUCGACAAAGCGCCAUCCGACAGAGGCAACCUCAUGAUCUACCUGGACAAGGUUUCUCACACAGAGGAGGAAUGCCUGCAGUUUAAAGCUCACCAGUUUUUCGAAGUUGGUCUCAUUCAGCCGGCAUCUGUCACAGUCUACGACUAUUACACCAUAGAUAACCGAUGCACCAAGUUCUACCAUCCUUCUAACCAGAGCGGGCUCAUCAAUAAGAGCUGUCAUGGGGAAGUCUGCCAUUGUGCAGAAGAAAGCUGCUUCAUGCAGCAGAAAAUAGAGGGUCCCAUCACCCUGAACAGACGAAUGGAGGAAGCCUGCAAACCUGGAGUGGAUUAUGUGUAUAAAACCAGGCUUGUUAGAAGUGAAGAAGUGGGCAGGUCUGACUACUACACCAUGAAAAUUUUGGAAAUCAUUAAAGCAGGGACUGAUGAAAAUCCAGAAGGAAAAACCCGCCAAUUCAUCGGCCACAUAAAAUGCAGGGAGUCUCUGAGGCUGGAACAUAACAAAGACUACUUGAUCUGGGGACUCAACACCAACUUGUGGCUCAGGAAAGCUGAGUUAUCCUACAUCAUUGGCAAGGACACCUGGAUCGAGAAGUGGCCCAACGAGGACGAAUGCCGGAAGCCGGAUUUCCAGAACCUCUGCCAGGAAUUCCUUAAGUUCUUUGAAGCCAUGACCGUGUCUGGCUGCCCAACCUAAACUUGGAUCCAGUUUUCCCAGCAGCCCCAAUGGGACAGUUUGAGCUGAGAUGGAGCAUAACUCUCAGGUGGAGACAUCUUCACUCGGAGUCCCAAUGCUGCUGACACUCGCCACUAGCCCCGUCCUCUUUGGGGGGUUUCUCUCUUUUCUUCUU